GUCACCGCCCUUCCUCACGUCACACAACCCCCACCCUUUCGGACACAGAGAUGAGCUCUACUCCCUUCGACCCCCACCAUUGAGAAGUGGAAUAUUCCGAGCGCUUGGGCCUGUGUGCUUGGUUUGGUAUGCACACGCUGUCGGAGUGCACCAACUGCACAAACAACAAAGGGAUGCUGGGCCUGUUAAUGCAUAUUUAAGAGAGGGUGGAAGGCAGCAGAACUGUGUUUUCUUCACAACCAGUGUAUGACUACAACAACUAAUGAAAGGAAAAUAUGGAAGACCUAAAACUUCAGAGUAAAUGCUUAAAAAAAGACCUAGGCAGGAGGUGGAAACUUAUGGGUUUAUGUGUUGUCUUCACCUGGUUAAUUCUUGUCCAUCUUCUGGUCAAUGUGUGGCUUCUUCUUUUGCUCUCUGCCUUAAUGGCUGCUGUUGGAGCAUGGCUUGGACCACAGUUCAUACUUGGCAGUGGAACUGCAAUUCACCUUGAGAGGUUUGUUGUGUUAGAAAAAAACUCUCAGUCUGCAGAUACUGAGUUGUUGUUGGACAAAGAGAUUGAACUAACUAUACAGAAGAUAAUUCAGGACUUUGUUUCAUCCUGGUACCGCCGUCUGAGUCGUGAGACCGCAUUUGAAGAUGAGGUGAGAGGAGCAAUGUGGCAACUUGCUAUGGAAUUAAAGAAAAGAUUGAAUGCUACAGAUCGGGAAGAAUUAACAAGAAAGUUGCUAAUUCUUGGGGGCUGCCAUCUUCAGUGCUACAAAUGGGCCAAAGCACGAGUUGAGGAAAUCCAGAAUGAUAAUGAAAGAGAACUAAGACUAUGGGAUGCCUACCAAGAGCUUAGUCCUGCUCACAAAGCUUUGUCCAGCUCAGCAGAUGAGAGCAGUCAUGCUAGAUGGCUAGUUGAUCAUGUGUUAAAAAAGCUUGUUGCAAGCCCACAUUUAGAAAGUCGGACUGGUAAAGAACUGGUUGUAGAACUAAUUGCUUGCAAUGUUGUGAUUCCCUUAGUGGGAAGGAUUUCUGAUCCAGACUGGAUCAAUAUUGUUUUGACCAAUAUAUUCUCUAAAGGACCACUUAAAGUUGAUGUAGAACAAAGUGAGACUUAUCAACCAGUGGUGCCAAAAUCACUACCUUUGGGAAUCAAUCAAGAAAUCUCACCACAAAUAGUAUUAGCAUCACCACAGGCACAAAACAUAUCCAGGUAUGAGAUUAUUGAUAGCUCAGAAAUGGAGCAGGAGAGUGAGUGCUCUGAUGAUUUGGGACUUUGCAAGGACAAGAUGGAUGUUUUCUCAGGGCAUUAUUUGCAGCCCCCAAAUCCCACUAGUCCAUUCUUUCUCUGUGAGGAAUCUGAGCUUGAAUCCCCCUUGUCCGAUUUGGGUCGGGAACUUGAACCUCCUCUAAUGAAUUCAUCUGAUGAUCUACUCUCUGACUGCUGCUUGGACUCACUAACCCCAGCUGAGAGCCCUAUCAUAGCCCAGCAUGAGGAAAGUGGAAGUUUACUGGAAGAGGCAUCUUUUUUAGUCCAAGGUGAAAUGCCAGGCCGUCCAGAUAUUUUUGUUGAGCCUACUGAAUUUACCACUCCACCUAAUGACAGGGAGGGUUCGAGUCCUAUUGAUGCUUCCCCCAUAAUUACAUCCUCCCCAACAGUUCCUUUACAUCCAUUCAGCUUUGUGCCGCUUAACAGCCCUGAUGGCCCUGUAAUUAUUCAAAAUCUCCGCAUCACUGGAACCAUUACAGCAAAGGAACACAGUGGGACAGGAUCUCAUCCAUAUACUCUAUAUACUAUCAAGUAUGACACAGUUUUGGACAGCCAAUCACUCGGCAGUCUUCAGCCAAUGGCAUACCAUACAGUAAACCGCAGGUAUCGUGAGUUCCUCAAUUUACAAACCCGUUUGGAAGAAAGAGCAGAUUUGCGGAAGUUUGUUAAGCAUAUUAAAGGACCAAAGAAAUUUCUUCCAGAAUUGCCAUUUGGGAACAUGGACAGUGAUAAGGUGGAGGCAAGAAAAAGCCUUUUAGAGACUUUUCUAAGGCAAUUAUGUGCUGUGCCCGAAGUUGCCAACAGUGAAGAGGUGCAAGAGUUCCUGGCUCUGAACACUGAUGCCAGAAUAGCUUUUGUGAAGAAGCCAUUUUUUGUUUCACGAAUAGACAAGAUUGUUGUAAAUGCUAUUGUUGACACUUUAAAGACAGCAUUCCCUCGAUCAGAACCUCAGAGUCCCACUGAUGAGCUGAGUGAGAGUGAAGUGGAUGGUAGAUCACAGAAUGAUAAGAAGAGUACCAAAUCACGUCUUCGAUUUCCAUCCAGUAAAAUUGCACCAGUGUUCAACAGCUCAACUGAUGCACAAGAGAAGAUAAUGUAUUGUGUUCGAGAAGGCAGUACGGUUUCAGAGGUAUUAUCAGCAGCAGACAUGGAAUCUUUUAUUCAGAAGCAGGAGAAAUUGCUAAUGGAGAGUGUUACACCCUAUGAGAAGGCAUCCACCAUCAGCAUAUCUGAUAAAAUACCAUAUUCCAUCCAUCAAAGAAAAAAAACAAGUUUAGAAGGUGAUUUAACCACUAUUGCCUUAGAGGUGUUGUGGCUGGCAAUGAGGGAACAAUGGAGUUGGAUGUGCACUGACAACAUGCAGAAACUAACCCAUCUGUUGUGUGGCAGUCUAAUACAGAGGUGGCUAGAGGUACAGGUUGCUAACCUGACCUGCAUGCAGCGCUGGAUCUUAUAUCUUCGACUGCUGCAACAAGCAAUAUGGCCUGGGGGGUCACUUCGCACUCAACCUAGACCUGUUAGAACACAGAAACAAAAAGAUGAAGCUUGUGAGCAGGCCCUUCAAAGCCUUGUCAGCAUUUUACCUGAAUUAGUACAAGAGAUUUUAGGGGUGGAGAAAUGCCGACAUGUCUGGCAGUCAGCGCUGGAUUCUUUGCAGCAUCCUCAGAUUAACAGGCAUUUGAUCUACAGUAUAUGGGACAUACUUCUUGAAAGCUUGACUUUAAAUUCUUCCUCAGACUUGGAUACACUUUCCACAUCAGCUUCUCCCUAGUUGCAUUCCCAAUGAGGCCUAGUAAGAAGGAAUUUAGAACAUAAAAAUCAAGCAGUUUGGGAAGGUAAUAUCUUUCUGUAAAUAUACUCCUUAAUUUCUGCAUAAAAUAACUGAAAACCUCAAGCACAAAGUACUGCUUUGAUCAAGCAAACUGCAGCUUGGAGAGUUUUUAAAACUCCUUAAAAUAAAUAUAUUGGUGUUGACCAUUCAGAUUCUAAAUUAGCUGCGGUGUCUUAACUAUAGGUCCUUGGAUUGAUGUCAUUCCAGGCAGUGCCUCUGGGAUAGUAAGUGGACCUCUGUAUUUCUCAGGUUUGAAAGCCAUCUAAAAGAGACAUUAUUUUGAUUUUUGCAUUUAAUGGUCUUUUGGUUCACUACAGAGUCCACAUCCCUUAAGCUCUCUCUUUUUUUUUUCUACAUGCAGGAUCAAGCAGGAGCACAACAUUUCUCCUGUCCACUUCAAAGGAUGUGAAUUAAAGCUCUGUUUUUUCACAUUAUGUUGUAUUUAAAAGUUGUUGCAAUCUUACCUGCAUAUAUGUUCUCCUUACCAGUCAUGAUUUAAUUGUGAAUGCACUAUAUAAUUGAAUGUGUUUAACUGUGGAAAAAAAGUCUUAAUGUCGUUGAUGUUUUUAAAUGACUACAUGGAGUGGAACUCUCUAAUUAUCACAGAACAUUGUAUUUCCUUUUUUACAUUGCAUUUUUCUCUCAUUUGUCUUCUUUAUCCCCCCUUUGUUCUCUCGCCACUCAUUGGUCAAAAUAUUUGGACAAAUUUUGAUUAAGCAAAUAGCCACAUUUGUACAUAUUUUAUAGAUCUCUGUAUAAUUGCAAGAAAUGUAAAAAUAAGUAUUUGCAUUGGUUUGCAUGUUUAAAAAGAUUAAGCACUUCUUUCACUUUCACACAGAAAACAAAUCAGUGAGCUACAGUAACACAGUGUGACAUGUACAUUACAAUAACAUUCGCUAAAAGAGCCAAAAUUGCUUAUAUUUAAGGAGAACCCCUCACGAUCAGUCUCAUUCCCCUUCUUUUAUUAUUAUUAUUAUUAACAUUUAUUUAUAAAGCGCCAACAUAUUCCGCAGUGCUGUACAAUAAGUGGGUUUCAUACAUUGGACAUACAGAGUAACAUAUAAAGCAAUCAAUAACCAAUACAAGAGGUGAAGAGGGCCCUGCCCAAAAGAGCUUACAAUCUACAAGGAGAAAAGUUUGUAAGAUCUUUUACCUGUUGUAUCGGUUUUUUCUUUUUUUAAUGUAAUCUGUAUGUUCAAUAUAUACACCGAUUUAUUGUACAAAAGUGCAGAAUAUGACAGUGCUUUGUAAAUGUUCGUUAAAGGACAUGUAAACCCUACAUUUCCCUACCAUGAAUUUUUCUCCCCCACCCAAACAGCAUAAUUUCUACUGCAUAUAUCUUUUCCAUUCGCCAGCAAAGUCACAUUUUUUUUUAAAACGGAUAGCAGCUUUCAGCCGGAGCUCAUUUCUCUCAUCAUCAGUGACAUUUACAUCUGCAAACAGCAUACAUGAGUAAAGACCCUUUAAAGUUCAUUCAAUCAAGACUGCUGGCUUACAGAGUUAGAACUUACUCUUGGUUCAACUGAGCACUCUAAUGGUUUAGCUAAGCUCAGGAGAGGAGGUUAAGAGAAAAAAAAAUAGAAUCAAAUAGCGAGAGCAGAGUUUCUGUGGGAACCAGCAAUGCCAUCGUUUCAUUGGGGGCUACACUGAAGGGGGUGUGAUUAGUAAUUUGAGCUAAGAUGAUUCACUGCCUUAUCUUGGAAGUGCUCAGUAGUCAACAGCCAAAGCAAAUUCCUGAGGGAGGGGCCCUAGUGGGUUUGACGAGAAGAAGGAAUCCUUAAGGGGAUGCUGUAGUCUUAUUAUUAAUCUUUAAACAACCGGAUUGUCAGGUGUUUGAAGAUUUCAAAGAGGAUGUUGACAGAUUAAAUUUUUUUGUGUGGGAGUUUACAUGUCCUUUAAUAUUAACAGCUUGAGUGCAAUAUUCAGUGAAUGCAGUUGCAGCUUUGUAGAUUUCCAUAAGAGAUCCUAAGGCAUGUAUUAGGCUGAUGCCACCCCAGGCGUAUGGCGUAUAUUUUCGGCAAGCUGAAAAAUGAUUGCUGAAAAUAUGUGCCAUAUGCACCAUAUGUCCCCUACCUGUGCCUGCACCAGAAUGAAUGAGAUGCGCUCGGGUGCAGGCACAUGUAGCCGAUAUCAGCAUAAAAAGAUAAUGCAAAGUCUCGCGUUUCUAUACGUAUUUCAGCUACAUGUGUCUGCACCCGAGCUUAUUUCAUUCAUUCGGGUGCAGGCGGCUAUAUAAGUGCUAAAUAUAACAUAAUUUCCCAGACUAAAUAAAAAAUAAAUGCAGCCAGACACUACUGCAUAAUUUGAUAAAUUAUUAUAUUUAUUUAUAUACUAUGUUUAAUGCAAAACAAUUUUUGCAAAAUAUUUGGUAAUCUAAACUCAUAAUCAGAGAAAAGUAUUUUUCAUCAUUGCUGUAUGAAUUACAUGUACAGUGUCUUUUGCAGGGCAUUUUAUGGCUUUAGAAGUUAGUCUCUUGACCAGUUGUUUUUAAUUAUUUUGGGACUGACAAUUAGGUGUUAAGGCAGUGACCCCAACCAGUGGCUCAUGAGCAACAUGUUGCUCACCAUCUCCUUAGAUGUUGCUCCUGGUGACCACAAUGCAGGUGCAAAUUUUUAAUUUCCUGCCAUGGUGGCAGGUUUUAGGUGCAUAAAAACCAGAUGUACUGCCAAACAGGGCCUCCUGUAGGUUGCUUGUCCACAUAGGGGCUACCAAAUAACUUAUAACAGCCUUUAUUUGGCACUCUUUUUACAUUGGAAUGUGGCUCACGGGUAAAAAAGAUUGAGGAUCCCUGUUUUAAGGAAUGCCUGCAUUAAUUAAUCAGUUAGUUUAUCAAUAUAUUUACAGUGUUGUUUUCUACCAAUUGUUUUCUCUUGUCUGCUCUUGCUCCAGGAACACAUCUAAAGAAUACCAAUAAUAAAUGGACAACAAUUUAAAAUUCAUAGUUUUUGAAGACUUGAACACCAUUUCAACUGAAAGGCAAUGCAUACAUACUCACAAAGGAUAUUUCUGGAUAUUGAAGUUCCAUGUUUUUUAGCCAUCAUACUUUUAGAAUACAGUAUUAUUUAACUAAUGUUUUGUUCUUGAUGUACCACAAAUGUAUGCUAGUAUUGAUUUACUUGACCAUGCCAGACAUUUGCUCCAGAAAUUUGCCUUUGUGCAAGUGAAUAGAUGUGUAUAUAAAUGUAAAUGUAAAAGUGUGGCAUAUGGCAGUAGAUGUGACAUUGCUUGAAUAAGUGAAUAAAUUGUCAAUAUAAAAUAAUAAUGUUUUUAGAUUUCA